CUUCCUUCUACCACCUCCACUGCAGACACCUCAUCUCCUCCUUCCCUUUAAAAAACGCAUACGAUACAAGAGAGCCACCGGAUGGAGAAAAAAAAGCUAAAUUUUAUUCACCCCCACACAAAAAUUCUUCCUUUCCUCUAAUGAUUCACCCCCACAUCUCAAUCACAAUCUAUAUAUGACCCUCUUGGAUCCUGUUCUUCUUCUUCUGUGGAAAUCACCCAAAUCGGAUUCCCAACUGUUCCCUCUUCAAUUUGAUCCGAAUUGUGCUUUUUUGGGCGUUGAAAUUCCCCAAUCAUUGACGGAUGCAGAUGGGUUUUCAGCAAUUCUGGGUUUCUUUGAUGUGUAAUCUUCGUUUCCCAACUCUUGUUUCUUGAUCUGUGGCGAUCAUUUUGUACAGAUGAUGAAGUUACCCAUCACCCAUGAGCGAUUGGAUUCUGCUCCGAUGACUUUGUUUUUCUUCUUUUUUGUUGAAUAUUUGGCGAUCGAUUUUACUUAGCGUGAUGGAUUCUUUGGUGGUGCCUUGAUCUUGUGCAUGUUUUCAAAAAUCAACGCUUUGUGGGGGUUGGUUUGUUUCUCUACAGGAGUGUUAAUGGUCACAACCCCCUGUUCUCUGCUCCGUUUGAUUUUGGCGGUGCACAUCCCAAAUUGUGGAGUAUAUAGAUUAUCCGGGGUAUAUCUUUCGGUGUAGAAAUUCUUUCCUUAUUUUGAUGUCUUUUUGGUGUGGAAUAUCCUUCCUGUGGGUUUCGUAUUCUUCUUUUCUCAGUUUUCAUCUAUUUUAGUUUACUUGUUUUGAAGAUAUCUUGCCAGUUUUGCUACUGUUUCUGCCUUCCCGUUCCUUUGUUUGGUCUUUGAUAGUUUGAUUUGUAUAAUCUGAAUUUGGUCGUUCCUGUUUUAACUGAGCGAGGUUUGAGACCUGAAGUCUAUUGAUCAAUACAUUGAGUAAGCAGUUCAAAUCUUCUCUUUUGCUGAGGUUGGGCACUGCAAGCAUUGGCAGUGCCCAUGGAUGCCACAACUAGUGGAACCCCUACCAUACAAUACCACAACAUUGCUGACCAACCGAUCGCCACGCUUGUUGUGUCCUCCAUACCUGCAUUUCAACGACAACAGCGACAUUGCUUCGGGGACUUGAUCCCUGGUGAAUUCCCCUUGGCUGCUAAUCCAUCCAUUGUCCUUCAUGUCCUUACAGCAUGCAAUUUGGAUCCUCAAGAUCUUGCAAAAUUGGAGGCAACAUGUUCCUUCUUCAGGCAGCCUGCGAAUUUCGCCCCUGAUUUUGAACUUUCUAUAUCGGAGCUUGCGGCUCUUGAUAUGUGCCAGAAGAGGGCCAUAUUUAAGCCAAUGACUGCAGAAGAACGCCAGGCUUUAAAGCAAAGGUGUGGGGGCUCAUGGAAACUGGUCCUGAGGUUUUUGCUGGCUGGAGAGGCAUGUUGCAGAAGGGAGAAAUCACAGGCAAUUGCAGGACCUGGUCACAGCAUUGCUGUGACAUCAAAGGGAACUGUUUACUCAUUUGGUUCCAACAGCUCUGGACAACUUGGACAUGGCACCACCCAAGAGGAAUGGCGGCCGCAGCAAAUUAGAUCUCUGCAAGGCAUUCGAAUUAUCCAGGCAGCCGCUGGAGCUGGCAGGACAAUGUUGAUUAGUGAUGCUGGGCAGGUUUAUGCCUUUGGGAAGGACUCCUUUGGGGAAGCUGAGUAUGGGGUUCAGGGAUCUAAACUAGUUACAACGCCUCAGCUGGUUGAGUCUCUGAAGAAUAUUUUUGUGGUGCAAGCUGCAAUUGGAAAUUUCUUCACAGCUGUGUUAUCAAGAGAAGGCACAAUUUAUACUUUUUCAUGGGGCAGCGACGCUAAACUAGGUCACCAAACAGAACCAAGUGAUAUGGAGCCUCAUCCUUUGUUGGGGGCUCUAGAAAACAUACCAGUUGUGCAAAUUGCUGCUGGAUACUGCUACCUUCUUGCUUUGGCCUGUCAACCAAGUGGCAUGUCAGUAUACUCUGUUGGGUGUGGCUUGGGCGGGAAGCUUGGACAUGGCACUAGAACUGAUGAAAAGCACCCUCGAUUGAUCGAACAGUUUCAGAUUUUAAAUCUUCAACCCAUAGUGGUUGCAGCUGGUGCAUGGCAUGCUGCUGUGGUAGGUAAGGAUGGAAGGGUCUGUACAUGGGGUUGGGGUCGUUACGGGUGUUUGGGUCAUGGGAACGAGGAGUGUGAAUCAGUUCCUAAGGUGGUGGAAGCAUUGGGUAGGGUCAAAGCAGUCCAUGUUGCUACAGGGGAUUAUACAACCUUUGUGGUAGCUGAUGACGGUGAUGUAUACUCAUUUGGGUGUGGAGAAUCGUCUAGUCUUGGACAUAAUGCUGGGGCUGAUGGGCAGGGAAAUAGGCAUGCCAAUGUGUUGAGUCCAGAGCUAGUGACAUCUCUGAAGCAGGCGAAGGAGCGAGUGGUACAGAUCAGCCUCACCAACUCCAUAUACUGGAAUGCUCACACUUUUGCACUCACAGAAUCGGGCAAGCUAUUUGCUUUUGGGGCAGGAGACAAGGGGCAGCUGGGCACAGAGCUUGUCGCUAACCAGAGCGAGAGGGGUAAUCCUGAGCGGGUUGACAUUGACCUCAGUUAGACACACAUGAUUGAUCUGUCUCAGUUGUGCUCAUACCCUCUCUCCUAUUUAUCGUCGUCAUCAUCAUUGUUGUCAUCAUUUUAUCGUGCUUUGCAUUUGGUGUUCAGAAUUUGUGUCUAAUUUGUACAUAGAAAACAAAGAAAAGGAUUGUUAAGGAUGAAGCUAGGUAGUGGAGGAUCCAAGCAACUGCUGCAGCAGCAGCAGCAUUUGCCCACCUUCUCAAAGAUGGUAAUAGUGCUUGGGGGCCUCAAGCAGUACAUAGGUGUUACAUUCAAGGUUCAUUUAUAACUUAUUUAUGUUGAUGGAUUCAUGAAUCAUCUCUUAGCUCAAAA